CUAAGAAAGCGUUAAAGACGUGUUUUGGCGUGUAUAAAUAUGUUGAUAUUUCUUCUGAAAUGAAAACGAAAUAUGUCUAUGUUGAUAGCCAUGGUUUCGGAAAACUCACUUUAAAUAUUGAUAAUGAUGUAACGGAGUUAAAAUUCAUGACACAUCACCAAUCGGACAAACAUGAGGAGACCCUUUCCCAAGCCACAAGACCUGGGCUUGGAAUUCUACCUGAACAUUAUCUUGGCACGGUUGGAUCUUCUUUAAAAUUUCAAAUUAUUACCAAAUCAUCAGUAAAAGGACCUAUUUGGUACUCCAUAACUUCCAGAGGAAGUGAAAUAAGUGGUGGUAAAUGCAGUGAUGGCUCAAGAUUUAGAUCCAGAUUUACCUGCUCUUUGAUGGUUGAACCUAACUUUUAUCCUACUUUUGAACUUUUAUUUUAUUAUGUUAAAUCUGACGGGGUGGUCAUGAGCGAUUCUGUGCAUAUAAAAGUACGAGGAAACCCAACAAAGAAAUUUUUUAGUAUUUCUAAAGACAAAGGAGGAACAUAUAUACCAGGAGAAAAAAUACGGUUUACUCUGCGAUCACAUAGACCAUCUCGCAACUCCGUUGUUCACAUUAUGGCCAUUGACGAAGCAAUACAGAAAUCGCAAUCUGGAUUUGAUAUAACGAUGCAUGACAUUCAAUCAUUUCUAAAUGGAAUGUUUUCUGGGACUCAAAAGUAUGAGACUGUUAAUCUCGAGGGAGGAAAGAAGACUAAAAAGUCAGAUUUUUCCAAAUAUCCGAAGACAUGCAAAGAUCCUUGUACUAGUUCCCCGUGCCAAAAUCGAGGAAAGUGCGAAAUGAGAUCAUAUAAUGAUUUCAAGUGCAAAUGUAAUAAAUUUUACUCCGGAAAUUUAUGUGAAAAGUAUAAGAGUCCUUUGAAUUCAUGGUCGGGAAAUGGAUUUUUUGUAAAUAUACCACCAUCAUAUUUAAAAACUUCGUUUAUAAAAGAAGCAUGUGCAGAUUGUGGAAAUGGGAUUCAAUUACAUUCAUUGCGUCCUGGACCGAAAGUAAACCUCCGUCUACAACGGCCGAAAGUCAUUCCUGGGCGUGGAUCAUUACCUUUGAAAAAAAUUACGGGAAAUUUAUUGAAUAGAAUGUCAAAUACCACAAGCAAGAGAUUAUAUUUUCCUAAGACAUGGAUUUGGGAGGAUGUUAACAUGAGAGGUCGUUCUUCGGUAACACUUACUAAAAAGCUACCUGGCACCAUGACGACAUGGGUCACAUCGGUUUUUGGUGUUAAUGAUGAUGACGGUUUUGGAAUUCUCAAUGAAAAUGACAGUUUGAAGAUUCCAGUUUUCCUGCUAUUCUUCAUAGAAUUAAAGACACCCUCUUAUGUUGUUGCUGGUAACAGCGCUGUGGUCAAAAUUACUUUGUUCAACAAUUCUCCGGCUACAAAAAUGGUUUAUGUCCACAUUCAGUUUCAAAGUGAAACAAGCGGUUUCUCACGUCAGCUUGCUAGUGGAAAUUCGACUGUGUAUUUUCAUGGAAUACAACCAAAAGCGGGCAGAUAUGGAGCCUUCAAUGUAACUGUGGUUGCGUAUGAUCUAAUGAAUUCCUUUCAAGUAUUAGAUUGGAUCCAAAAACCAAUUAAUGUAAAGGCACCUGGCUUACAACAAAUGUACAACAUUCCAUACUUUUUGACAAUGAGUAACAGAAUGUCAUCGGUUAUAAAAACUGUUAGAAUAACACUUCCACACCAUGCAAUACAAGGAACUCAAUCCGUAUAUUUGACAGUCACAGGAGACAUAAUGGCGCCAACUAUAGGUGGACUUGGCCAUUUAAUCCGCACUCCCUGUGGAUGUGGAGAACAGACUAUGAUGUAUCUUGCACCAAAUGUUUACGUGAUCCAUUACCUUAAGUCUUCAAAUCAAUUGUCAGCGGAUGUUAGAACCAAAAUAGUCACAAACAUCAACAGAGGUAUAGACAAUGAAUUGAGAUGGCAAAAGUCUGAUGGAUCAUUCAGUGUAUGGGGAAAUAGAGACCCACAUGGAAGCACUUGGUUGACUUCCUUUGUGCUUUUGUGCUUUCACCAGGCGGAUUCUUUUGUACCCGUUGAUAGAGAUAUAUUCACACGUGGCCUUAACUGGCUAUUGAAAAAACAAAAUGUUGAUGGUUCUUUCCAAGAAGAUGGCUACGUUAUUCACUAUCAAAUGCAGGGAGGUGUUGUUGCAAGUCGUGCUACUAUCACAGCAUAUGUCUUACUGACUCUAUUAGAAAAUAAAGAUAUAAGAGAAUAUAAGACAAAAAUGGCGAUUGCAAAGAAAAAGGCAGUGCAAUACUUAACCAGAUCCAGUGUUAUUCGAGAUUUACGGAACACUAACCACGGAAUGGCUUUUACGAGCUAUGUUCUACAAAAAGCCGGAUCCCAGGGAAAAGCAAGACAGCUGUACGCUACUUUAAAGGCAAUGUCAAAGAAAUCAGGCGACUAUAUGUUUUGGCAAGACAGUGGAAGCAAAGUGUAUAAACAAAAGCUUAGGUGGCAAGCCCCAAACCCUAGAGCAAGACCGAUUGACAUCGAAACGUCCGCUUAUGCACUUUUGUAUCUUUCUGAGAGAAGGGACAUUACGGAGGGAAUGAAAAUAAUGAAGUGGCUGGUUUCCCAACGAAAUCCCCAAGGAGGGUUUACGUCUACACAGGACACGGUCGUAUCACUUCAUGCACUAUCAAGAUUCUCCAGUAUGUUACGGCAAUCCAAUUUAAAUGCACAAGUGAAGGUGAAAAGUGGCUCGACAGAAAAAACAUUUUAUAUUACGCAGAAAAACAAACAGCUCAUCCAGAGAAUGGAGCUUGGUAACAGUACAAGCAAUGUGGAAAUAAAGACCUCAGGGAAAGGACUGGUUUUGAUUGAUACUGUGGUAAAAUAUAAUGUGAUGAAAAGCGAGGACGCUGCAUUCGAAAUUACAACAAGUAUCAGUUCUUCAAAGCAAACUUUCGACAAGAUUACCGUAAAUGUUUGUAUAAGGAGGAAGGACAAUAAGGAUUAUGGCAUGGUGGUUGCAGAAAUUGGAGUCCCGUGUGGUUUUGUGGGAGACCUCACAAAAACCAGGGCCCGGGGUCUCGAACACAAAGAGACAAGUUCUGAUGCUGUGGUGCUGUACUUCAAAAAUCUUCGCGGAAGCAAAGUGUGUUUUGACGUAACAGCUAACAGAGUGGACAAAGUUACAGAGUCACAGGCGAUUCCUAUUACAGUUUAUGAUUAUUAUGAACCAGUGAAUCAUGGGAUCUCAAGUUAUAGGUCCGGUAAGCUGAAAGAAAUGAACCUGUGUAGUAUUUGCAAGCACUGCACCAUAUGCCAGGGAAUUGAACUUGGCUGAGAUGCGGAAAAACUACA